AAUUGUGAUUUGCUUCGUCAUGGCGAUAACCUUUGGGGAAUUACCUUUGCUAACGAUCACUUUAUUUAAUGAGAAUCGUUAUUUUGUACACGAAGUACUGUUUUGGUUUCUUCUAUGGAUGACGUAGUUUCGAAAAUAGCCUCAUUAAUAUGCCCGGACUUCCUCUCUUUUCGUGUAUAAAUUGUGGAAGCGUUGAAGAUCUGCAUUAGCAAAUCUGUUAGAGAACGCGUGUCAGAUAACUUUAUAAGAGACAAAUUUACAUUGAUGGAUACUAUGUUUUGGGAAGACGGUGUUGAAGGGAGCUUUUACGAAGACCAUGAUGAAGUGAAAUUUUGCAAAGAUGAGUUGCCCUCAUUCGAUUGCAAUGAUGGAAUCAUGAGUUUCUUUAAGAAGCGAAAAUCUAAAGAAACCAAGCAGCAACAAAAGGGUCCAGCAUUUGGCCAUACAAGUUUUGACUAUGAAGCCUUUGGAUCAAUCAUGUUUGACAUACAUGAGAAGAAGACGAUUUCGAGAGAAACGUUUUAUGGCAAAGAAUCAAGUUACAAAAAUGGACGUUUUCCGUCCGAGUGUGUGGAACGUUUUUACGAAGAAGAUUUGAACGCCAACCUGACUGAACAUGGUGAUUUAAUAAAGAAAUUGUUAACUGAUAUAGAAACUUCACUUCCGAGGUUCCGAGAUACAGAUGAAAUUAAACAGCAAUUCAUCGAUAAAUUGCAUUUCGAGCAAAUUUCCCUAAACGAUAUUGGUGAUCUUAAUUUGAACACGAUGGUGAAACUGAAUGCCAUCAGUCAAAAUAUGAAAUGGAAUAAAUUGUUCUCGGAAGUGUACAUCGGCCUUUAUCAAUGCAUCUGGUGUCUACAAAAGAACGAGAAUCUUGCCAAAUCUUCAGUAAGAUUGAUAGGCACGUUGAAAAACGUCGUAGCAAUUAUACGUCAUGGGAUGUUGAAGCAGGGCUUUGUAGUCCCGGAUGGAGAAAAAGAAAGAACAAAAUACAAAAAGUUGAUAUUAAAUCAUCUUGAAAGCUGGACGGACGAGUAUUUGCAUGGAUGUGUGAAUCGUCAUAUAUGUAGGGAUUAUCGUUUCUUGAAGAUAUUCCUUGUUUUGAUCAUGGAUUACCAGAUCGUAUCCGAAAUCCAGUCCGCCAUUAGCAGUCUUGUCAACAAAAUUCAGGAUAUGCUAAUUGUAACUUGACUGUUCAGGGUCCGCUUAGAGAACGAUGGUGAAAGAAUCAACCGAAGUUUGUCAUGAUUAAAACUAUUAUCGUUUCUUUAUUGUUCGAUUAGAACUAUUUUGAUAAAAUGCUACAACAAAUUAGCUGUUUAGUUAGAGAAAAAGCAAAUUAACUUAUUUUUAGCCACUGGCCUCGUUGACGAGGAACUAUCGAUGUGUGAACUUAUCGAUAUUUCCUCCCCGUCUCGAAAGCUUUCGGAAAUUAAUAGACCCGACCUAUUUAUAGACUAAAGAAAGGUUAAGGCUCAUGUGAUCACAACAGGCGUGUCGUCACGACUUGAUUUCCGCCUUUUGAUAUUUUAAUAAAUUAUUACAUUGAUUUAUGUUACAAGAAUAAUCCAAUCAACUGAGAUAAUCCAAUUAAGGGUCAUUGAUAUCAUACAGAAUGAUUUCUCCUCGGGGUCAUUAGUAGGUUAUUUUUUAAGUAUUUAUUUAGUUCUGAACAUUUUUUCAUUUUCCAAACUUUAUUUUUUAAUUCCCGCAUAUGUACAAAUAAAUCGUGUUUAUUUUUCUGUAUAUCAUAGUUCCUUCAUAAUUUUCAGUUUUUGUAAAUAUUUUUAUUUUUAUCUGUGAAUAGUGAAAGUGCUCUUUUGUAUUUAUGAAAGAAAUUAAAUGUUUAAAAUUUUCA